AUGACAAUCCCAAAGUUUCUAAUUCCCGUUGUUUUCAUACUAGUUUUGGGUGGCUUAGGAAUAUGUUGUGCCGCCAGAACACUGAAUAAUCAUGGCGAUGAUGGUGUUGCUGCUCCACAUCUCUUGAAAAAUGGCCGAGUUCAUGCUGAUAGAGGAAGAUGCCGGGAUAUUGAUAGAGGAGUUAGUGUUGGGUACUGUGAUAAAAUAGGAAAAGGUUCUGGCGGCGGACAAGGUUAUGCUGGUGGUGGUGGAAAAGGUGCUUCAACUGAUGAUCCCGGUGGAUAUGGUGGAACAGGUGGAGAUGGUGGUGGUGCUGGUGAUGGUGCCGGAGAUGGAGGAUAUCGUGGCAUAGGUGGAAAAGGAGGAGCUGGCGGAGACGGUGGUAAUGGUGGAAAUGGAGGAGACGGUGAAAACGGUGGAAAUGGAAUAAAUGGAGGUGGUGGUGGGGGAGGUGGCGGCGGCGGAGGAGGUGGGAUAGGUGGUGAAAGAGGUGAAGAUGGGGGAAGUGGUGGUGGUGGCUAUGGUUAUCAUCACCCUUAG